GCACUUGCUAUGCUAGCGCGCGCGCUGUUUUUAUUAAGUCUGUCAAAACUCACUAAAGUAUCAUGAGUGUAGCAUUGUAGGUGUGUCAGUGAGAGUGGUAGUUAUUAAAGCAGCUGGGGAAUCCGAUCGUGAUGCCGGAGUUUGUGGCAGCAGCAAGGACGCCGCCCAGCACACCGAUGGCUACGACCGAAUUUAUCCAAGAAAGAAUGACGGGACCCACUGCUACAGAAGAACAAUUACAUGCAACUACCGCUCUGGGGAUUACGGCGGAGACACAAUUCAAUACAUCAAAUGGCGAACCGCAACCCAGUACGUCAGGAUACCAACCUCAACGUGGACCAAGGAACCGUGACCGACGGGACAGCUACUCUGGCAUCGCUCCAAGAGCGGAACCGGAGGACACUGAUAGUGAUGAAUUCUUUGAAGCGGAAGAUCAUGGGUCUUCACCACCGAGCAGUCCAAUAGUUCCCUGCAACCCUUCAACAGCAAUAUCGACUGAGUUGACACUCUACUCGGCGCUGGGAGACUGUGAACGUGCUCUUCAGCUCUUCUUCAACAAUAAUCUUGACGGAGCCAUAUCCAUUAUGACCCCGUGGAAAGACGUAUCGCUAUACCACGCUCACGGUGCUGCCAUUUUCGAGUUCAUACCGGCGAUGCUAACCCUAGAUCCGGUUCAAAUACAAAAAGCAAACGACGCUUUGAGACAUACUUUCGAACUGUGCUCACAACAUCGCCGGAACUACAACUUUGUUCAGUCUAUUGGAGCCAUCAUUAGGAGGCCAAAUUACGCGACUUAUACUGAGGAAGAGGCACACGCUGAACUCAUUCAUGCUGAGGCAGUGAUGCUACAGGCUUGUAUCGGAGCCCUCGAGAACGAAGAUGUAGCGGGCUUAGUGAAGGCCUCCUUCCGCAUUAAAUCGUCCUUUAACAGCUACAAGCAAUGCGCUAAGAUAUUGUCGCGUAAGGAAUGGGAGAGUGCUGAAUGUAAGGCUCACUUUGAGAGCGGCGUCAGACUCGGCCUGGCGACCUUUGAUGUCAUGAUAUCACUGCUGCCCCCCCGCCUGAUAACACUCUUGGAGUUUAUAGGAUUCAGCGCUAAUAAGGAAAAAGGCAUAGAGGAUCUGAAGAUGGAGGCCAAAUCCCCAGGAUUACGGUCUGUGCUCUGUUCACUGACUCUCUUGAUCUAUUAUCUAGUUAUUGGACACUUUGCCGCUAUUGUACCGGAUUAUUUUGCUACGGAACAAAUGAUUUCUAGAGGAUUGGCGAGGUAUCCGAACAGCGUGUGGUUUACGAUGUUCAAAGCUCGGAUGCUACUACUUCGGGGUAUGAUCAACGAAGCGGUGGAAUCGUAUCAGAUGGCGACUCACACUGAGAAUCUAUGGCCGCAACUAAAACAUCUAUGUUACUGGGAAAUGAUAUGGGCAUACGGAAUAAUGAUGGAAUGGUCUCAAGCCGCGUGGUAUGCGAGUAGACUAGGCGUGGAGAGUAAGUGGUCCCGCACUAUAUACAUGUACACGGAGGCCGCCAUGCACUUAGAGCGGGGGGACGGACUCACCACCGACCAGAGGCGACACUGUGAACUACUACUCAGGAAGGCCACAAGCUACAAACAGAGACUCAUGGGUCGUUCGCUGCCAAUGGAGAAAUUCGUUAUCCGUCGCUGCGAGAGAUGGCUUCGUCGCGGAUACCUCACCCUGCCCGGCGUCGAGUUGAUGUGUUUGUGGAACAUGUUUCCAUCACUCGCCGCCGAGCCUCACUACGCCGACAGAAUGCUCAAACACAUCGAAAAAUUAUGCGACGAAGUUGAAACAACCCUGAGGAGCAGACGGAGCGACUCGUCCAGCGACACUCCGGACUAUGAUAAGGAGGACCUUGCCGUGGUCAAAUAUCUGAACGGCAGUCUAUUGGCAGCGAUGUCCUUGCCCAGGCUCGCGUUGAGACAUCUCGAAGUGGUGCUGACGAUGAAAGACGAAAUUAAGGACGGCACACAUCUAGUACCUUUCACGGCUGUCGAGAUAGCCAUGUGCCACUACGCGCUCGGCGACUCGUACCAGGCCGUGGAUAUAUUACAUGACGCGAGGAAAAAAUACGCUGGUUACUUACUAGAAGCCAGACUACAGUUCCGCAUACAUUCGAAGCUGGAGUUGAUAAACGCGGGUGCAGCCAACACGGUUGUGGCUGGGACCACGGCUAGUGCUGUACCGAUGGCCAGCGUCAACGUGCUCGCAGCUCGACCAUCGACAUCGACAUCGUCAUCCAGCAGACCAAUCACUACAUCCAGAGAGGUCGUCGAGAACAGAUCAGGCAGGAUGACGACCAGGGAAGUUCUGAACACGAUAGCCGAUUCAAGGGCAAUAAUGGCGGCCAGUUCGCAUGUUAGAAACGAACCUGAAGAGAUCGCUCUGCAAAGAGCGAACCCAGGGCACGCGCACGUGAACGCGAACGCGAACACGAACGCGAACACGAACGCGAACGCGAACUCGAACACGAAUAGAUGACGUCGUCGUUCGCGGGGCUGGAAGAUAACCCUGCGAAUUGCUAGAUUCUUUAUGUGCCCCUCCUUCUACCCUGGACACGGUGUGGAGAGAUACGAUCUGUAAGGAGAGGGCGGUUUCUAGUAGUUUGUUUUGUUAUUAUGUUUAUUUAAAUAAAUUAUGUUAUUAUUGCAAUAGACUGACACUUGACGUUACUAUGUGCUUGAAGAUACAUUUAUAAUACAUAUAUAAUAUAUAAUAAUAAUAAUGUUAGUACUCGGUCAGUCCGUGGUAAUGUCGAGUUUGGCCUGCGCAGUCUAAUGCAAUGCAUUAUCUUGCCUUAACUUCAUCUUUGACAUUAUUUUUGUACAUACGUCCCAUUAGUUGUUAUUAUUUCUUUAAUAUUUGUAAAGAAUUUACGAGAAUGUAUAAAUAAUGUGAAAAUUAAAAUUUCCUAGAUCCGAAGUUGUAUAAAUUAUAAUAAAAAAUGUGAUAAUAAUAUGGACAAUGGUUACGAUGUAUUAUAAAUUGUUUACAGGAUUCUGUGUAUGUUUGUUAUAUAUGAAAUAUAAUAUUAAUAUAAA